ACCUGGAUGGCUUUGUCACGCUCAUAUCUGGUCAGCAAUCCAGAAAACAUAACCAGGAAGAAAAGUUUGACAGGAGUCGCAUGACGUUGACGUAAUUUGGAAUGUGCGGACCACAGAUGCAUUGUCAGAAAUAAUUGACCUGAAAACAAAUUGAGAGACCCCAGAGCUGCAGAAAAAUGCUCCGUUUUGUCUGCUGUUGCUGCUUCUCAAGUGAAAACUCCGCAGACGAGAGGCAGGCUCUCCUCCACCCCAGACCAUCUGACCUGAGUGAAGCUAGAUCAGCCAGGCCGGCCCGGCCAACACACAGUGAUAAGCAGAUGGUAAUGCGGAUUGGCAGGUUGGCGAUGAGGCAAGUGUGUGUGCCCGAGUUGGACCAGAGGUUUUCUGACAUGGCCGAGACCUUCAAUGAACAGCACGAGCGCUAUGAGGCUAUGGUCCGACAUAUCACCAACCUGCGUCAGAGCUGCGGCUGUAACCACAAUGAUACAAUGGCUUUAACAGAAUGUGUGAGGAUGAUCAGAGAUGAGCAUGAGGCCAGGUACAGGGUCUCCCUUAAGAUGAAGGGCUAUGACUUCUCCCUCACUGUGGUUCCUGUGGGCGAAAGUGACGAGGCACCACUGCCCCCACAUCUGUCACUGGCUCAGGAAGAGGUGAAGGGCACUUCUGAGAGCGCCAAAGCCAUCAUCUCAAAAGGUACCACACUUCAAGAGUUGAUUGGCUGGCUGCUCCGUAGCAAGGAUCACAUGGCUGAGCAGGUGAAAGGGGCUGCAGCAACUUACCAGGAGCAGGGAAGACUGAAUGAGAACCUGGAGGAGAACCUGAAGGAAGUGAGAAGGGCGAAGGUGUUGUCGCUGGGAUAUAAACAACAGGCAGGGGAAGUCCUCACUGAGGCUGCACAGAUAGCAGGGGCGUAUGUGUAGUUCAUGCACAUUUUAGAUACUUAUUUGAAUCCAACAAUUACAAUAUGCAGCACGCUCUUUGAACAUUACGCACGCACAGAACGUUGUGCAUGUAUUUAAAUGUACCAAGUAUACUCAUUGCAUUACAGCCUCUAUCAUGUUUGUUAUAAGAACACAAAACUAGCUAUGAUCUGCCUUUUAAAUGUCUAUACUAAGAUUUUAAUAAAUGUAGCAAAGCGUCACUUUAA